UUCUCCAUUUCCAGUUGUUUUCAAAGAAGAUCAGUUCUAGCAUUUUGAUGUUCUACUUGAGCCUGCUGUAGUAUAGGUGACUUGAUGUGCUCUGUUUCACCUACUACUGGUUGUUCUUCAGGUGCAUCACGAGAACAUUGGGGUUGCAUAGAUUUAAGCACUGUACUCAUAGCGGCGGGGCGCCAUCGAUUUUGUAGGGGAUUUGUAUGUGUAUUGUUCUAACAUAAUGGCAGAAAUGGGGAAUCAAAUCAUCAACACAACCUGGCUUACAUAGGGAGGGUUUAACCUUCAGAUAAGUGGUGGUAAACAUGAUUUUCUUUUUGACGGGUGCGGUAAACAGGAUUAACAACAACUGGAUGGUAAACGGUAAAAAGGAGGAUAUCGGCCGCCGAGCGACUGUAACUCGGGCAAGGAGCGAUGGCAGUCGUCUGAAGAUAUGUGACACUUGGUCAGUUACACACGGUCGAGGUCGUAGGCAGGUGUGUCAUGUGACUGGUCAGGAACGCCGCCUCAUGUGUCAUGCUGAUCUGCACCAGGCUCUCCUGGAUGGCGCGCAUGGUCGCCUCCGUCGUCGUCACAGCCGCCCCAUCACCUCCUACCAAAUCAAGCAGGGGAAAUAAAAAUGGUGGGUGUAACAACCCGUUGCCACAACAAUCGCCAGACGUGAUUAGAGAAGGAUAGAGGGUCGUGAUUAGAGAAAUAGGGGAUCAAGAGGGGGAAUAAAAAUGGCGGGUGUAACAACCCGUUACCACAACGAUGGCCAGACGUGUGUAGUCGUAGAGAAGGAUAAGAGAAGUAGGGGAUCGAGACGAAAGGUAGAGGGCAGGAGCAGGACAGAGGAAGAAGAUGGCUUCAGUUUUCGUUUCUGUGCGAGGCACUAGCAAAACGGGCCCGUGAUGAGCGAGGACGAGUUUCGGGAAUCCUGGCCCAUAUCAAAGUACCUUCCGUUUCCGUGAGAGGUCAGUAAUCCUACUUUACCCUUCCGCCGGCGCCGACGCAUUUUGCUCCCGCGCCGUGUUCGAUUCGAAUCGGGAAUCCAUACUCGCUCUCGCGAGAUCCAAACCCAUAUUUCUCGACCCUAGGUCUCGUCGAACCAUUGCUCAAUCGGGUGAUGUCGAUGCAGCGGGAAAGUCGUCGCCUGCAAAUCCAACCCCAUGAUGGACCAGCUGAUUCAACGCUUCACAGAAAGGACUCAACCUGCACACAAGACCAUUGUUCCCAAGGUGGUGAACCGCAAUGCCCUGGGCCACAUCUUCCAGAGGAUAUCUGGUGUCAUAUAUUCUCCCUACUGCCAAUGCAAGAUGCUGCUCGAGCUGCCUGCGUGUCUCAUGCAUUUAAACGUUCUUGGAGAUGCUAUCCAAACCUUGCUUUCAACGCGAAAGCACUGGGCAUGGAUGAAAGAUCAUGUGGAGAGGAUGAAAUAGUAAGCAAUUUCACCAGCAGAGUUGACAACAUUUUGAAAAAUCACUCAUGCAUUGCCAUCAAAACACUCGAGAUUGUUUUCCGUUAUUAUGAUGACAAGGUAUGCAACCUUGAUGGCUGGCUUCAGACUGCUAUUACACCAGGGAUUGAAGAACUCACUGUUCAGCUAUCUACAAAGUCACGAAAGCAUUAUAACUUUCCGUGGUCACUUUUGGCUAAUGAGAAUGGAAAAUUGAUUCAGUAUCUAAAGCUUUCUUGUUGUGCUUUCUCUCCCACUGUCGGGCUGUGCUUGAAAAGUUUGUCAAGACUUGAGCUAUUUGAUGUUAAUAUUACGAGGGAUCAGAUGGGGUCCCUUCUUCAGAAUUUUUUUGCUUUGCAACGGAUGCAACUCAAGAAUUGCAAUAACAUAACUUGCUUAAAGAUACCGUUUAAUCUGCAACAGCUCAAAUACCUGGAAGUGUUUCACUGCAGCAGCCUGCAGGUUAUAGAGAUAGAAGCUCCAAUCUUAUCUAAUUUUGGAUUUAUGGGUCUCCGCCAAGUACAACUAUCACUUGGAGUAGCAUUGCAAUUCAAGAAGUUUGACAUGUCCUUCCCCGGUGUUGUCAGUUAUGCAUGCACUAAUCUUUUGUCCAACUUGCAAUAUGUUGAAGCUCUUUCUCUAUGUUCACGUCGUGAGAUAAUUGAUACACCGGUGUUACCUAGCAAAUUCUUACAUCUCAAGCACUUGAGUGUUGAUCUUAAUGCAAUGACAUUUUCCCCGACCUACGACUAUUGUUCUCUAAUAUCCCUUUUUGAUGCUUCUCCUUCCUUGAAGACCCUUGUCCUGAAUGUAAGUCACUCUCCAUCUUGCAAGGAUAUUUAG